UCAUGAAUAUGAUUUAUAAGAAUAAUAACUCUCCUGCCACUUUGAGCCAAGGAAGCCUGCCUUGGGGUGUUAUGUCUUAAAAAUGAGCUGGGGUUAAAACCAUGGAAUAUUCCUUGUGACAAGUAUCCCACAAAUUCCAUGGACCUCCCUUGUUUUCUUUGCGUUCCCAGGGUUUCCAUUUUCCAAACCUGAUGUGAUCUCGCAGCUGGAUUGAGGGGAACAGCCGUGGGUCUCAGACCUCUAUGGCUCUGAAAAAAAGUGCUCCUGAGAGCUGUGUGCACAGCCUCAUGGCAGAUAAAAAAAAAUUGUCUGGGGCACAAAUUCGUAAGCGGAAGGCUGAUAAGCAAAAUGAAGAAAAAAAGCAAGAAGGUUUGUUUCUGAAAUAUCUCCAUCCACUGGCCAGAGAUGAAGGUAGUUCAAUGCCAAAGGAUCAAGCAGAGAUAGAGGUGGGGAUGGGAGUUUCACAAGUUAAAGAAGAGUUUGAAGAACAUACUCUGAAUAUUGAAGAUGAAUCAAAUGAGCCAUGGGAGGAUCAAAACUUGGAAGACCGUGAAAGCAAAAAUGUCACUCGUUUGAAUUUGAGCUUUAGUGAUCCUGCUACUUGGGCCAAAUGUGAUGAUCAAGUCCGACAAAUUCUGGUGGAACAUGGGCCGGAACAAGUUCAGCAGUUCGAUUUUCCCAAAGCUAGUAAGCAAAGAAAAUUCUCGACAAUUCAUUACAAACGUAGACUUGUCAAUGGAGAAGAAAUGCACCGUCAGUGGCUGCAGUAUUCCACAUCAAGUGAUUCUGUCUUUUGUUUCUGCUGCAAGUUGUUUGGCAGUAGUACUAUUGGCACAUCACCUCUUUCUGAAAAAGGCUCAAGAGACUGGAAGAACAUGUCUGAAAUUCUUUCACAGCACGAGAAAAGCAGUGAACAUUUGACAAAUGUUCAAACAUGGAAGGAACUUGAACUGCGAUUGAAAUACAAGAGAACAAUUGAUGAAGAACGUUUGUGCUUGAUUAAGCAAGAAGAAAAGUAUUGGCAGCAAAUACUAAAACGUCUGAUUGCUUUGGUCAGAGUUCUUGGUAUGCAAAACCUGGCCUUUUGGGGAACACAUGACAAACUGCACACUUCUGAUAAUGAGAACUUCCUCAAAUUUGUUGAAUAUCUCUCUUUGUUUGACCCGCUUAUGGAUGAGCAUCUUCGCAGGAUUAAGGAUCAGGAGAUGCAUGUACAUUACCUAGGGAAAGACAUACAGAAUGAGCUUAUUCAGCUUCUAUCCAGUGCCAUCAAACAAAAAAUCCUAGCAUCUGCUCGUGCUGCAAAAUACUUUUCGAUCAUUCUAGAUUGUACACCAGAUGCAUGCCAUGUUGAACAAAUGACCAUUGAUCAUUCGGUUUGUGGAUAG